CAGAGGAGGAGAAGACAAGAAGAAACCCGGAGAAAAUGAGGCGGAGCCGCAACUAGCCGCAGACAUACACACACACACACACACACACACACAGGAGAAAAUCUACCACUACAUCAUCACUUCCAGCAGAUCCAGCAGAUCUAACACACACCCCGCAGAGGUCCUGAGGCUCAUUUAUUUGUUAGUUUGGGGGAUUGUGCAGGAGGAGUCUCCAGUCUGAGUUCCUCUGCUGGGUUUAGAGCUUCCUCCGAGCUUCUUCUCUGGACACAGGGUGUGUGUGUGUGUGUGUGUGUGUGUGUGUGCUGAGAUGGAGUUCAGUCCGUGUCCGAAGCCGCAGCUCUCCUCCAGAGCCAACGCGUUCUCCAUCGCGGCCCUCAUCUCCAGCAGCUCGGCCAAGGACAAGGACAGCGAGGAGAACACCAUCAAACCCCUGGAGCAGUUCGUGGAGAAGUCUCGCUGUGUGGGCGGAGCUGCGGCGGUGGGCGGGGCUGUGGGCGGGGCUGUGGAGGUGGAGGCGGAGGUGGAGGUGAGCACGGAGCCGCUGAUCCCCUGCAGUCCGGCGGUUCCGAGUGAACACAUGGCCAACAUCAGUUGCAGCCUCGAGACCAAAGAGCUGUGGGACAAAUUCCACGAACUCGGGACCGAGAUGAUCAUCACCAAGUCGGGCAGGAGAAUGUUCCCCACUAUCCGUGUGUCCUUCUCUGGAGUGGACCCGGACUCGAAGUACAUCGUGCUGAUGGACAUUGUCCCUGUGGACAAUAAGAGAUACCGCUACGCCUAUCACCGCUCCUCAUGGCUGGUGGCGGGAAAAGCCGACCCGCCCUUACCUGCCAGGCUGUACGUCCACCCUGACUCACCGUUCAGCGGAGAGCAGCUGCUCAAACAGAUGGUGUCCUUCGAGAAAGUCAAACUCACCAACAACGAGCUGGACCAACACGGACACAUUAUCCUGAACUCAAUGCAUAAAUAUCAGCCUCGUGUUCACAUCAUUAAGAAGAAGGAACACACAGCGUCGCUGCUAAACCUUAAGUCUGAGGAGUUUCGCACCUUCAUCUUCCCUGAGACCGUCUUCACCGCCGUCACUGCGUACCAGAACCAACUGAUCACUAAGCUGAAGAUCGACAGUAACCCAUUUGCUAAAGGCUUCAGAGACUCGUCCAGACUCACAGACAUUGAGAGGGAAAGUGUGGAGAGUUUGAUCCACAAACAUUCGUACGCUCGCUCGCCCAUACGGACGUACGCUGGAGAGGAGGAAACACUCGGAGAGGACACACACACCACACACACCCGAGGAUCUGCUUUCACGGCGUCUGAGAAUCUCGCCUUGAGCUCGUGGGUUUCGGGUUCCUCAGGCUUUUCAGGGUUCCAGCCCCCUCAGUCCCUGGCCCACCCUAUCCAGGGCUCUUUGCCCCCCUACGGCAGGCUGGCCGUCCCGCUGGCCCCCCCGGCUCUGACGUCCGCCAGCGGCCCGAGCUUCCCCUCCUUCCACAUGCCGCGUUACCAUCACUACUUCCAGCAGGGGCCGUACGCCGCCAUCCAGAGCCUGCGCCACUCCUCCACUGUCAUGACGCCUUUCGUCUGAGUGCCUCUGCCUACAGAAGGCACUAUGCAGAAAACACACACACACACACACACACAGUCUGCAUGCUGUAACUCUUUAUAUCUGCUUUAUGUUAGAGGAGGAAACUCUUAAGAGGGUUCUGUGAGCAUGUAAUCACACACACACACACACAUACACACACACACACUUUUUACUUCGCUUUUUUGCUUUUAAAUUUUCCUUCUGAAGUUGUAAAUAAGUCACUGUCAUUAUUACCAUAAAGACGCUGCUGCUGAGGAAAAAAUGACAGUACAAUUCCAGACAGAUGGAAUGCAGGCCUCCUACCACAAGGGGGGGCUGUGGGUAAUGAACCUUCUUCAUUUUUAUCAGCAGUAAUCUUUGUCGAGGUGUAAAUAAUGUGACAUUGUUACUGUGGAAUGAGCCAGACAUGCUGCUGGAGGGAACAAGGAAGGAAAACAAAUUAAAAUAACUUGCAGACAGACACCAGCGUUGCACUGCGUCUGUACAGGAACUCUGUCUGCGUCUGCACAGGAGCUGCGUCUGCACAGGAGCUGCGUCUGCACAGGAACUCUGUCUGCGUCUGCACAGGAGCUGCAUCUGCACCUGUCUCAGGCACAACAAGGAGACUCUGUCUUAGAGACACUCGGAUCGGAGCACAGCCCGACUCUGUGCAUGAUGAAUCCUAUAGGGGGCGCUGAAGUGUCCUGACUCCACUCUGCAUCUAACACUACAGUGAACUGCUUAUAUUGUCACCAGUAACUCUGGACAGGGUCGUACCGAGUCCUCUGGAGCUCUAGGGGGCGCUGUGUGGUCUGGAGGGGUUGGGGGACGGGGGCCUACUGGUCACUUCUGACCUUAACAAUUAGAACACAGCCAAGUUUAGGGGUCAGGAGGAUAAAGUCGGUGAGGGAUUGGGACGCAGCCACAAAGUGUGUUGCUCUUACCCCUUUAUUCCCAGGACUCUAGGGGGCGCUUUGUCUCUGGGAGCAGUUUGGAAUUUCUGAGGAUGCUUUUUGCCUGGCAGAAUGAGCUUUUUUUUCUUUUAGUGCCACACUUGGAUUGGGACGAGGCCGAGCUCUAGAGGCUGAGACGUGCGUCGUUAUUAAUAUCCGAGUCGCUUUAUUAGUUACAGUUUAAUCAGACUUCUGAACCACAGUGUUUAUUUAAAGAUAAAGUCAAGACACCAUGCGCUAAUGAGAAGAGAACAGGGUUACUGUUCAGCACGAGUGUGUGUGUGUGUGUGUGUGUGUGUGUGUGUGUGUGAAUGAGAUUUGUAAAGGACUCAGAUUACAGACUUUUUCCUUGAUGAUGUUCUCACCUGUAAAUAAGCAGUGAGGCACUGACUCAUGACUCACUAAAGUCACAUCCAUGCACAUUUAUUAACCAGCGCUAACCAAAUUACUCUGUGUGUGUGUGUGUGUGUGUGUGUGUGUGGUGUUCUACACAUCCCUGUGUAUGAGUGCGAAAUGUCUGAACCGUUCAUCUGAUCACUAAACUCUGUUACUCUGGACACUUUUAAAGGUGUGUGUGUGUAUGUGUGUGUGUGUGUGUAUGUGUGUGUGUGUGUAUGUGUGUGUGUGUGUAUGUGUGUGUGUUUUCUUUAUGUAUAUUAACCACGUUAUUUUGUUUGGAUGAUUUUUUUAAGUGCAAUAUAUUUAUUAUUUCAUCAAAUCCAACUAAACACAGAGACAUGUGUGUGUGUGUGUGUGUGUGUGUGUGUGUGAGAGAGUGAGUGCGUUACUGUAAUGAGUAUUAAAGGAUAAAUGUUAUUUGUAAACAAGGAGAAAUAUAAA